CAUUUUUCUUACAGAAAACCAUCAACGUUCUCAUUCAGUUCAAUCACAAAGAGAGAGAAAGAAAAACUCAAGAAAUCGCAGCCAUGUCAGGAAGAGGCAAAGGAGGAAAGGGUCUUGGAAAGGGAGGAGCAAAACGACACCGUAAGGUUCUCAGAGAUAACAUUCAGGGAAUCACCAAGCCUGCUAUUCGUCGUCUCGCAAGACGUGGUGGCGUCAAGCGUAUCAGUGGUCUUAUUUAUGAAGAAACUCGCGGCGUUCUCAAGAUCUUUCUUGAGAAUGUGAUCCGCGAUGCUGUUACCUACACGGAGCAUGCUCGCCGUAAAACUGUUACUGCGAUGGAUGUUGUUUACGCUCUCAAGAGGCAGGGAAGAACUCUCUACGGAUUCGGCGGUUAGAAAAUUGGGGAUUGUUCUACGAAUUAGGGUUUCUUGUAGCUUGAAUCUCAAUAUUGAUACAUGUUGUACAAUUGAACUCGAGUUUUAGCGUCAACAAUUGUUUUCUCUUUACUCUGAGCUAUGAAAUGAUAAUUUGAAGUUU